AUGCUGCUGAGAAGGAAAACUCGUCCUUUCUCUGCUGCGGGCAAAAUCAAGAGCCAGAAUGUACCCAGUCUUCUGUCUGAGCUCAGACCUUUGCAUGGAGCCACUGCCUACAGAUUAUCAAGGCAAUCUCGAUAUGAGAGUGGAGGUGUUGAGGUCCUGAGUAGAAGAUCAAAACUGAAUGAGACACAUUCUGAGAAAAACCCAAAGCCUGAAUGGCUGGAAAAGGAACUCCUAAGGCAAAAGCACAGACGACAUUCAAUCACUUUUGGAGACAAUGAGAAAUUUUCCAAACUCAGCAUCCAUAGCCCCUACAUCUCUAAAUUCAAGAUUGAGCAAAGGGUAUCCAUCGAAAGUCUAACAAAGCUGAAACAGGCAUUUGAGGAGUUUGAAAAAGCUGGCACCAGAUUUUUGGAUCUCUCUCACUUUCGUCUUGUUGUUAAGAAGUGUUUGGGCUUGUGUGCCAUCAAUGAUGCACAAAUCCGUGAGCUCUUCAUGAAGAUUGAUUACUCUGGACGAAACUGGAUUGGAUGGGAUGACUUCUGUACAUACAUGCAGCUGGAGUAUACAGAAAAAGAGGAGUCUGUGGUCCGAGGUAAGCUGGCAGCCUUUACGUUGCCAGCCAGCAUAAAGCCCCUAACGCAUGGUGAACCCAUUCUGAGGAUCCAUCCCACCCCUGAUGGAGCCAUAGUGACUGUGAGAGAAGAUGGGACAGUCAACUACUGGAGCUCCAAGCUUCAGCUGAGAAAGACCAAAAGUGUGUUUUAUGAAAGACCCGUUGGACGUACACCAAAGUGGGCCACUGAUUUCAUCACAAUGGCAGAGUACAACAAGCUGAUCAUUGGUACAGGGGACCGAGAAAUCCAGCUGUAUGAGCUUUCUUCACUUGAACCUUACUGUCAGAUAAACUCUCUCGAAACCAUGCCUCUGAAAUUGGACUACUGUUAUACUGGCCAUGAUGAAUGUGCUAUCAUAUACGGCGAUACUCAGGGCUGUGUGAAUAUCAUACUAAUAACAUCUGUGGGGGAGACGCUGAGGAUGUGGAAGAAAAUGCCAAAGGUUGAAAAUGUCCCCAGUAUUGGCAUUGAUUUUGCAGUCCAGUCUCCAAACGUGAAGUAUAUUAGUUGGAAAGUCCAUCAAGAUUGGGUAACAGAGCUGAAAUACAUUAAAAGCAUUCCUGCCAUUAUAUCCACAUCAAACCAUCAACUCUCUGCUCUCGUUAUUGGUUGCAUUUAUCCAUCUACCAAUGUUGAACAGCAGUUAAAGGAAAUUAAGGAGAUGUCAGAGGGUAAACCCAAAAAAGUGGCACUUUGCAUCAGCAGCCCUCAGCCAAGAGCACCCUGUGAUCAGACUGUGUUUUCCAUACAUAAAGGAGUCAAGACUUUUGACCUGUGCAAGAGGCACAAUCUGCUGGUAACUGGAGGGAUGGACAGAAUAAUACGCAUGUGGAAUCCUCAUGUUCCAGGGAGGCCCACAGGCGUUCUGAAAGGUCAUGCCGCUCCCAUCUUCUACCUCUGUAUUUCCUCAGAGGACAGCCGCAUCUUCUCCGUCUCCACAGAUAGCACUGCCAGGAUUUGGGAUAUCCAAGAUCAGUGCUGUCUGUUUGAUGCCCACCCAAAAGCAAGUUGUCUACGUGGAGAGCUGUCAGCCUGCCUGUAUUUCACUGCAGUGAAGAGCCUUUAUGUAGCCACCAAUUCACUUGCCUUACUGACCCUAAAAACUAAAUCACAGCCUGAAGGCAGCCAUAUUAUUUCCCAUAAGGAGGCAGUGCUGUGCUGUGGAUACAGUCAGGAGUUUCGGCAUGUGGUGAGCUGCACUGAAGCAUCAAUUGUAAAAGUCUGGGAUGUGGACACAGGAAGUCAGCUCUUUGAGUAUGGAGGUUCUCAUGGAGUCUCUGCAAUAACCUGCAUGGCAUUUGAUCCAAAGGGAAGAAGGCUUGUAACUGGUGGCAGAGAUGGCUGUCUCAAAAUCUGGAACUUUCACAAUGGUCACUGUCUGAAGAUACUGAGACAAGAGGAUGAAAGUAAGGAGAUCUGCGACUGCUCCUAUCUGCAAGUGCACAGAAACAUAUUUGUGAUGUCAGUUGGCUGGGGUCGAAGGAUUGACGUUUACUUAGACUUACCAGAUGACACUCAUCAAGUUCAUAGGCCACAACCCUCGUGGCAAGAAGAUCUGAAAAAAGGGCACAAAGAGGACAUUUUGUGUAUAGCCCAGUGUCCUCCAGCUCUGAUUGCUACUGGCAGCUGUGAUGGAGAAAUCAUUGUGUGGAACGUGGUGUCUGGACACAUCCUGUGCCGCUUUCUUACACCUCUGCCUUCGCACACAGACCCCACUCAGGUUGUGAACAGAAGUGUGCUAAGUCUUGUCUUCCUAAAGACCCGGUCAGUAGAUUCUGCAUUCAACUCUGCUGCAUCGCUCGUGUCCUCUGGAAUCGAAGGUUAUGUUCAUUUCUGGAAUGUGUUGAAUGGGGGGAAAUUUUUUACAUCGUUUAAAGCGUCUAGACACCAGCAGCAGAUCACAAAAUUGGUGGUUACACAAGAUGACCGUCUCCUCUUGGCUGCUGAUCAUGUCGGUUACAUCUGUGUUUACGACAUUGAGGAGUGUGCAAUCACUCACGAACAAACACCUCCAAAAUCCAUAAGGUUUUGGCGAGCACACGUUAGCAGUAUCACUGGCAUGCAAAUCAUCGAAAAUGACAAAGUUCUACUCACUUCCUCUUUGGACUGCACAGUGCGCUUAUGGAGCAUACACGGGGAGUUUAUAGGAACCUUUGGGCAGCCUGAGCAAUGGUGUCUUCAUAUUGCAUCAUCAUGGCAGCACCCUGCUGUUCCCUAUGAGGUUCUUGUAGAUCCUCUGAGCAUGCCUGCGCAUGCCAUGCUUGAUGGCAAGACAACUCCAUUAGAUGAUCCCAGCUCUGCUCAAGCAAAGGACACAAGCAGUGAGAUGUCAGGGACCAAGACAUCAGUGUUGCAAAGCUUCAGUGACCAAGACAUCAGGAAAGAGAUUAAGACCUCUGUUUAUCCUAAAUGUGGGAAGCGCCUCCGACAUGAAAUAUUCAAGCACUCUAACAAGCCUCUAAACCACGGGAGCCUUAAAGCUUACCACAAUCUGAGAUAUUUCGAGGUUGUUAAUGUCCCUACUACAUGUGAGAAGCCAGAUCUCUCGCUGGCAGGGAUCGACCCUUUCAGAAGCAGCUCAGUGGAUGAGAAGACCACAGGAAAUCCAAGACAACUUGUAAAACAAUAAGAUGUAUUAUUCUAGAGGGCACAAUAGCUACACAAACUUGGGAAGAGCAUAUCAAGUUUCACACUAACCCGAGC